AUGUCGAUUAGAGAGCUUUAUAAUAUGCGGACUAGUCCCUCAGUUUCACUUGAGUUCUUUCCACCAAAGACUGAAGCAGGAAAGAGAAAUCUAUUAGAGCGUGUUAAUCGUAUGUCUGCAUUAGACCCGCUAUUUGUUACAGUUACAUGGGGUGCAGGAGGUACUACCGCAGAUAAAACCAUACAAUUAGCAAUACUUGCCAAGCAGACUUUAAAUUUAAAUGUUUGUAUUCAUUUAACUUGUACAAAUAUGGAUAAAAAUAUUUUAGAUGAAGCUCUGAGUAAAUGUAAAUCAGCUGGCAUUAGAAAUAUAUUAGCUUUAAGAGGUGAUCCACCAAUUGAACAUGAGUGGUCUAAUGAAAUGAAUGUUGAUGGAAAGAGAGAGUUUAAUUAUGCCAUUGAUUUGGUAAAGUACAUAAGAGAAUCUUAUGAUGAUUAUUUCUGCAUUGGGGUGGCUGCAUACCCAGAAGGCCACUGCGAAGGUGAACUAGAAGAUUCUAGUUUUAGUCCAUUCAAAGAUUUACCAUAUUUGAAAGAAAAAAUCGAUGCAGGUGCUGAUUUUGUGAUUACGCAAUUAUUUUAUGAUGCUCAGAAGUUUCUAGAUUUUGAAAAAUUAUUUCGUACACACAUCUCAACAGAAGUACCGUUAAUACCUGGAUUGAUGCCAAUUAACUCAUAUUCACUAUUUAAUAGAGCUGCAAAACUAUCACAUGCAUCCAUUCCGCAGCACAUACUAGAUAAGUUUCAGUCAGAAAUCCAAUAUGAUGAUAACGCUGUGAAAUCAAUAGGUGUAAAAAUUAUUAUUGAUAUAAUAGAAGAAAUUUAUCAGAAAACUAAUGGGAGAAUCAAAAACUUCCAUUUUUAUACAUUAAAUUUAGAAAAGGCAACAGCUCAUAUCGUCGCAGAUUGUCCUUUAUUAUCCCACAUAUUGGAUGAUGAACAUGAUAAUAUCGCUAUGAGUUUGCAGAGUGACGUAGUGAUUUCUGUUGAUGACAAUGAAUCUGAAGUGCACAAUGAGAGUAGUUUCCAUCAAAAGAGAAGGAGACAUUCUAGUAACACUGAGAUGUCCAGGCCCCAAGUUAUUGAUAAAAAUAUAACCAAUGUAGUAGCAAGUCUACCAUCUAGGAAGGUACUAAUUUCUAUUUCACAAGGGUCAGGUACGUUAGGUAGAGAUGCAACUUGGGAUGAAUUUCCAAACGGUAGAUUUGGUGAUUCAAGGUCACCAGCUUACGGUGAAAUAGAUGGUUAUGGUCCAACAUUAAAAGUGGGAAACAAAAAAGCAUAUAAUAUAUGGGGAGCACCAACUCGUGUCUCAGAUUUGAAAUCUAUUUUUAUCAAAUAUUUGGAAGGGUCAAUUGAUGUAUUACCGUGGUGUGACCUUGGGCUCUCUCCAGAAACUGCAUUAAUUCAAGAAGAACUUAUACAAUUAAAUCAAAGAGGUUAUUUAACCUUAGCAUCACAACCAGCUACCAAUGCAGCACCGAGUACAGAUAAAAUAUUCGGUUGGGGUCCUGCAAGUGGUUAUGUAUAUCAAAAGGCAUUUAUAGAGAUGUUCAUCCAAAAACAACAAUGGGAAAGUGUUUUAAAACCAAAAUUAGAGAGUUAUCAACAAGGUAAAUUUAGCUACUAUGUUGGUGAUUCUACAGGUAAAUUCGAUACUAAUCUGCCGGCUCACAGUUCUAGUGUUGUGACCUGGGGUAUUUUUCCUAAUAGCCCGGUUGUACAAACUACAAUUGUAGAAGAAGAAUCAUUUAAGGCAUGGAGAGAUGAAGCCUUUUGUAUAUGGCUGGAGUGGGCAAAACUAUUCCUAUCCAACAAUCCAGCUAAUACGUUUUUGAAACAAGUCCAUCAAGAUUAUUAUCUACUAUCAAUUGUACACCACGACUUUGGCGACGUUGAUGAGCUUUGGGAAAUGCUAUUAGAGUAA